UCCUCCCUGUCCUCGCGCUUGCGUAGCACGGCACCUACCCGUCGCCACGGCCCGAAUCGGGAAGUGUCAAGCUGGAGCUGGGUUUCCCGGCCUUCGCCUCUACCGCCGCUGACUUCGGACCCCCUAGUCAGGCCUGGGCCCAGCAGUCAUGACGAACGUGUACUCCUUGGAUGGGAUUCUGGUGUUUGGUUUGCUCUUUGUCUGCACCUGUGCCUACUUCAAGAAAGUACCUCGUCUCAAAACCUGGCUGCUAUCAGAGAAAAAGGGAGUUUGGGGUGUGUUUUACAAAGCUGCUGUGAUUGGAACUAGACUGCACGCUGCUGUGGCAAUCGCCUGCGUUGUAAUGGCCUUUUAUGUCCUGUUUAUAAAAUGAAUUCCAAAGCAUCCAUCUCAUCAACUGCCAGCCCAGGGGACAAGGGUGAAGAGCCUGUAGGGGGCCUGGGCCCAGCGUAAGAGAAUUCAGCUAAAGUCAUCCACGUCCCCAGGAUGACACCACAGCAUCUGCCCCUACUGUAUGUGGGGAAUUUACUCACAGUACAAACAUUUAUGCUUCAGAGGACUCCAGAGCCAACUUCCUUUGGUCUGUGUGAAAAUUAGUCCUCAGCAGAGAGCGUAUAAUUUCCAGAGAAAUUACACUCCUCAGUGAUAAGAUUACACACCUCCUGCUGAAAAAGCCUGUCACCUGUUCUGUUCUUCAGCCCCUCAUCAGGAUCUUUUCAAAACUGAGGCUCAUUAGGGAAAGACAUAGGCUAUGUUCAAACCUCUUGGAAGGAGAGAUGAUUUUCAAGACUUGAUUUUUUUUUCUGUUUGAUUAAGAUUUGGCAUAUUGAGGGGGGGUGGGGAGUUGGGUGGGAAACAGGAUUAUACAAUGCCAAGAAAUAAUUUGGCGUUGGAGAUUUAUCUUUCAUACAUCCACUUGGGAACAUAAGAGAGAGGCAUGGUCCUCAUUGCAAAGACAACAGAUGAAAUAGCUAUGCACUGGUAACUUGAGAGUUUUGCCAAGAGAAUCUGUGCCUAUGUAAGACUUGGGAAUUAUCUAUCUGUGAUGAGGCCAGAAAGCACAGUAAUUUGACAAGAAAAAAAUGUUUUGUUCAUCAGUAUCCCCAAAAGGAGAUUUCACCCCAUCGAAUGGUAUAUGGAAAAUGAAUCCACUGUUGCUAUUUUCCUAAAGCCUUUUUUGUAUUUUCUAAAUUACUGAGUAAGAAGUAAUGUUACUCAGUUUUAAAUGUCAUCAUUAGGGGAAAGAGGAAGUAUUGAAGAAAUAAUUGUUUAAUAUAUUUACAGUUAGGGUAGAAGAAAUAAACAGUAUGUUAAUUCAUAUACUAGUAAGGUCAUCUAGUAUAAGAAUUUAUUGUGAUGUUAGAUGGAAAUUUUGUUAUCCAAGAUACAAAGUUACUCUUUGUUUAAAUCUGGGUUGUUAUGGCAGUUUUUAGUUGAUUGUUUUUCUUGCCCAACUCUUAAUUUUCUUCAUUUUGCAGUACUCUAUAAGUACUCUUGGAAGUUCUGUGUAUUAUAAGAACACGUGAAAUUCGAACAAGUGGGAGAAGUUGCUGAUAUUCAUAGGCAUGUUUGGGCAGUUGAUAAGAAUCCAUGAAUAAAAUGAAGGUCUUUUCUAAAGAAAGGAAACAGAGGUUUGCAAUUAAGAUUGAUGGGCUUUUCCAUGGAGUAUGGUAAGUCCUGAGGAAAUCAUUUUAGAUGACUCAAUAUUUGAAGGGAAGACUUCCCCAUUUCCUCUUCUUUAUAUCUGCAGAAGGAUCAACUACUGUAUUUAUGAAGCCUUGAACUUCUCUUAUAAAACAUAAGAGUUGGUCUAAAAUGGAAUUAUUGUAAAAAGCAAGCAUAGACAUAGAUCUACCAGUUGAAUUGUCCAUUAAAGUAAGACUUAACAGUGGACAAGUUAGCUGUGGUUGACCUCUGUGUGGCAGUAAUUGCUUUUGUCUUACUCCAAAAAAAAACUAAAGCUGCUAGCAAGUUUAGGUUCUGAAAUAAGCAGUUCAGUGCUUUGAGGGUUUCUAGAAUUAUAGAGAGUCAUCAGGUAAACACUACAUGUCUAAUCAUCUCAGAGUUGUGGUUGUUACCUCUUCAGGAAUUGGUCCAUAAGGUAAACUUUAAUGACUCAUUUGUUUUCCAUUGUCAUUUUUGAGGAUCUUUCACAGGAGAGAAAGGAAAUCUAGAACAGGAAAGAAGAGUUACACCUUGUGGGUGUGAGUUUGGGACCUGUUGGCCAAUGGGAAUGUUACUCCCUGGAAAUACAGGUUCAGCAUGUUUUGCACUUGUUUUGUAGCUUUAAUGACUUUUGUUUUCUAAUAGGGCUAAUGCCUCUAAGCUUGGUGCUUAGAGCUGCUUCAUAUUUUAAACUAGUUCCAUUUCACAGUUAUAGUUCACAACAAUUUUUACAGUCUACUGGGUGGGUCGUCUUGACCUAAACUCUUGCACUGUUAUAUUUUGAGAUGCUUUUUCAUACCAGGAUGUACCAAAAUGUGCACAGAAUGAAGGUAAUUGAUAGGAAGAAACAAAUACACAGCUUAUUUCAUUUCUUGACUUUAUGUAAGCAGAUAAGCAGAAACCUGUUUAACUCAUUACUUUGGUUGAUGUGUCAUAUAUUUUUGACUGAAAAAUUGUAGUAAGUUAUUCCUUUAAGGGAGUCUUUUAGGGAUGGAAGAAUGGGGAUAGCAAUAUUGCCUCAGAUUCAUACUGGCAUCAUCAUAAACCCUGUAUGCUAGGAUGGAAUGGCGUCAGCUUUUUAUAGUUGAAACACAAUUUUUUAUUCACCGUUGUCUGCACAAAUCCUUGAAAAUAAAAUUCCUUUCCCUACUACUGUCUUUGCCCAUUUUAUUUGUCACAUGCUGAAUUUAUUGAACUUUGUUCAAUAUUUCCCCUGGGUUCUGUCCAUAGUAUACCUUUUUAGUUUACAGUAGUAAAUACCAUCAUUUCUUUUGAUUUAUAUACAAAUAAAUUUUGAGGUGUGUUAAAGUAGGUAACUCUCCCAAUACAUUUUACCUACUAGUGCUAUUAAAGUACAAGUGUCAUCUGCCAUCACCAGCCAUAAACUUCUUCAUUCAAAUGAGGUUAUCAGGUUAAUCAGCCACACACCUAGAAAAUACUUGAGCUAAACUAAUAGUAUUGUGAUACAUACGAUAGGUACUUUCCCCCAUUUGCUUAUUCCAAAUGCAUGGUGGUCUGAUGCAAGUCCAAAUAACUUCACAAAAUUUUUCUGAUUUAACUCCCCCCUACCACAUACCUAUAUUAUUGAAAAAGAAGGAACAAAGAUGUUAAAAUUGUCCUCUUGGAUGUGAAAGGAACUUAUUCUCAUAUAAUCACAAUUCUUUUUCUCUCUAGUCAUUAUGAGUUUGAAAGUCAAAUAUGUUUUAAUGGAUAUGAAAGUAAAUGAAGGUUUAGCAAUGUGACUGCCAUAGCAUCGAGUUAUGGGUAGGAAGAGGGCUCUGUAAGUGAAGAAAGGGGUGCUCCUUCCUACUUUUACUCAUUUCAGAUAUCCUGAUUACCUAUUCCUUGGACUUAAAUCUCUCACCUUUCCGUUUGGUGGUAAAGUUUGCCCUCUGCCAUGGGAGAAGGGGCUCCUGGGGAAGCUGAUGCUGAUAAUAAACAGGAUUUGCCUUCUUCAUGGGAAAGGAGUCAUUCUCCUGAGAUUGAAUCAUCCUGAAUCCAGAAUUUGAAUCAAAGAUCAAAUAAAACUGUAGUUAUGAAUAUAAAUAUGUAUGCGCGCAAAGCUCAGAAGAAAGCCACGAUUUACGGAGCCUAGGUUCCCCUCCGAGCCACGCGAGGGCAGCAAAGGGCGUGCUCGCUGAGGGCCUGUGCUCGAUGGUUCCUCCCAGAAUCCUCCGAGGCAGAGGGGGAGCCGGAGGGAUUUAAAAGAGGGUGAGGACUUCCGCCCCUUUAUCGGAGGGAGAGCGGCCUGGGGUGGUUUGUUCUUUGUGUGUGGUGUGCGUGGAGGGCGCGUGCAGGCUGAGUGUGUGAACGGACACGCGAAUGUGUGAGUGCGUGCGUGGGGCGUGCAAGGCUAGUGCAUGUGCUCACCCCUGUGCCCUUCCCCCGCCUACACCUUGAUCUUAUUUGAUCGGGUUGUGACCCCAGCCCCGCCGGGCCGACCUGAAAUGAAAAGCUCCCCUUCUGCGAAGCCUCCUCUUCGGGGCGCUGUGCAGCAAGGCCCCUUGGGCGGCGGCAACGCCGCGGUCCCGGAGGUCCCGAAACCGGUCCGAUGGGGCCCGGCGCUCAGAAGUGAUGAAUUGAUCAGAUAGACGAGGCCGGGGUUGUCCUGGGCCACUGAUUAUCGAGGCGAUUCUGAUCUGAGCCCGGCCCCAGGGUA